AUGACAAUGGCCGCUCCGUCAAUCUCCGACUUCAUUCUUCUGAAGCCCAUUAGCCGUGGGGCGUUUGGGUAUGUCCCUGAAAUUUACACAAAACCCUCUACCUCUCCCAGAAAGGUGUUUCUCGGUGCUAAGAAGAAAGACAGCAGUGUCCUGUAUGCAAUUAAAAUCAUGUCUAAAGCCGCCAUGCGCAAAAAGAAUAUGAUUAACCAAGUCACUGCUGAGAGGAACGCCCUGGCCGUGAGCAAAUGCCCCUACAUUGUUCAUCUCUAUUACUCCCUGCAAUCAGAGAGCUACGUGUAUCUAAUAAUGGAGUACUUGAUUGGCGGAGAUCUCAAGACCCUCAUUAUGGCUGCUGGGUACUUGGAGGAGCCUCACGCUUCUAUCUACAUGGCAGAAAUGGUGAUUGCUGUUAAGUACCUCCACGAGCGCGGUAUCAUCCAUAGGGACUUGAAGCCAGACAACAUUCUCAUCACUGCGAAAGGCCACUUGAAACUCACCGACUUCGGACUUUCGACUCUCACGUGGUCUAGAGCUCUUCGACCCUCCGACGUGCUCUACACUCCGUCGACAUCGCGUGUUCCACUGGCUUUCUACCGCACACCCGGUCAGGUCAUCUCCCUAACCACCGAUCUCUCCUUCCGCGCGGCGCCGCCAAGGCCACGAAUUUUGGGCACGCCCGAGUACCUUGCGCCGGAGAUGCUGGCCUUCCCCGAGUGCCAGUGGGCAGGCAACAGUCCCGCGGUCGAUUGGUGGGCGCUGGGCGUCAUCCUCUUCGAGAUGCUCACUGGCGUGCCGCCGUUCGCCGACGACACCCCCGAGGCCGUCUUCAACAACAUCCUCAAUUUGGAUAUCCCCUGGCCAGAAGAGGAGUUAGACGAAAACGGCGAAGCAGUUUGUCUCAUUUCCCCCGCCGCUAAAAGUCUCAUCAGCUCUCUGCUGUCUCGCGAUCCGUCCCAGCGUCUGGCCACGGCGAAAUCCGUUGACCAGCAUGACUUUUUCGCUGGCGUGGGUCCAUGGACGAACCUCGAGAAUGUGGAGAUGCCGUUUGUUCCGUGUCCCGAUGACGACACUGACACUGGCUACUUCGAGCUUCGGAACACCGCGAAGUCCUACAACGUCACCUACAGUGGCUGCGAUCUGUAA